GAGAGCGGCCGGUGGUCCGCCGCGGAGCACGCGCGCUUCGUCGACGGCCUCCAGCGCUUCGGGCGGCGCAAGUGGAUCCGCAUCGCGGAGCACGUCGGCACGCGCACGGUCAUCCAGGUGCGGUCCCACGCGCAGAAAUACUUCAAGAAGCUCCGGCGGACGGCGUCGACGAAC